UUUCAUUCACGUCCUUUAACAUGAAACGUUUUAUGUUGUCUUUGGCGUGGGGUUUCUCUCUUUUGCUAGCUUGUUCCUUGGCUUCUGGGGCUAUUGUGGAACAUACUUUCAAUGUAGGUAACUUAACCAUACAACGCUUGUGUAAUCAGCACGUGAUCACUGCAGUUAAUGGAGGAUUGCCAGGACCAACGAUUAACGUUCAAGAGGGUGACACUCUUGUGGUCCACGUAUUAAAUAAUUCACCCUACAAUAUGACUAUUCAUUGGCAUGGAAUAUUUCAAAUUUUAAGUGCAUGGGCAGAUGGCCCUGAAUCUGUGACUCAAUGUCCAAUACGUCCAGGUGGAAAAUAUACCUAUAAAUUUAACAUAACUGGACAAGAAGGUACCCUUUGGUGGCAUUCUCACUCAUCUUUUCUACGUGCUACCGUUUAUGGAGCUCUCAUCAUUCGCCCUCGACAAGGACACUCAUACCCAUUCCCUUCAGUUUACCAAGAAGUCCCCUUAGUAAUUGGGGAAUGGUGGAAUGCUAAUGUUGUUGAUGUUGAGAACAAUGCAACAGCAACUGGGCUUCCUCCAGCUACGUCAGAUGCUUACACAAUCAAUGGAUUGCCUGGCGAUUCCUACAAUUGCUCUCAAAAUCAGACAUACCAACUGCAAGUGAAGAAAGGAGAAACGUACUUGUUGCGCAUUGUCAAUGCUGCACUCAAUGAACAACACUUUUUCAAGAUAGCCAACCACAGCUUCACAGUGGUAGCCGUCGAUGCUUCAUACACCGAAAGCUAUAACACGGACGUUAUUGUGUUAGCCCCUGGCCAAACUGUCGAUGCAUAUGUCCACACAAACCAAACAAUAGGUUCCUAUUACAUGGUUUUCACCCCAUACCAUUCUAACCCAAAUGUGGCAAUCAACAACUCAACGACAAGAGGAAUUGUCGUUUAUGAGGGUGCCACGUCAUCCUUAACACCCAUCAUGCCAGACCCACAGGCCCAAGCUGACACCCCAACGGCCCACAAAUUUUACACCAACAUCAGUGGGUUGGCUGGUGGGCCUCACUGGGUCCCAGUUCCACUUAAAGUGGAUCAACACAUGUUCAUAACUUUUGGGAUUAGUUUAGACCAUUGCAACGCUCCAGGCCCAAAUGGCACUUGUGGUGGAUUAAACUUUAGAUUUUCAGCAAACAUGAAUAAUGAGUCAUUUGUGCUACCUAGUGGUAAAGGGUUAUCAAUGUUGGAAGCAUUUUUCCGCAAUUCAAGUAGUGGGAUAUAUACUAAAGAUUUUCCUGAUCAACCUCCGUUUGUGUUUAACUACACUGAUCCAGCGUUACAAACCAAUGGCACCGACAUUGCCUUCGCACCAAAAUCAACUAAGGUGAAGACUUUGAAAUUCAAUUCAACUAUACAAGUUGUGCUUCAAAACACAGCUAUUCUUGCUGAGGAGAAUCACCCUAUUCACAUUCAUGGCUUCAAUUUCCACGUUUUGGCUCAAGGCUUUGGGAAUUAUAAUUCUACAAUUGACGAACCCAAGUUUAAUUUGAAUAAUCCUCAAAUUCGUAACACCAUUGCGGUGCCAGUGGGAGGUUGGGCCGUCAUUAGAUUCCAAGCAAACAAUCCAGGUAUAUGGCUUGUGCAUUGCCAUUUCGAGACUCAUUUGCCGUGGGGAUUAGCCAUGGCUUUCGAGGUUGAGAAUGGACCUAGUCCUUGGAUGCUGCCUCCGCCACCAGCUGAUUUGCCCAAGUGCUAAGUGAACAAUGCAUCA